CAAGGGGGGAAGGGGGAAAAAAAGAGAUCGCCUUCAUUGCAAAGAAGGGCAGCAUCCAGUGUUAAAAGAUCAAUAAUUAAGGGGAGUGUUUGAACAACAACAAAUAAAUAAAGAGCCACAGAUCCCGGACUGAGUCAUCCAGUCCAGUUAGAGCAGGAAGCUGGCACUUUUCUGAAAGGCUUAAUUACACAGGAGGCAACGAUCCUCCUGAUUAAAAACUACCGUGCCGCCGAGGCUUUGAAACAGAAGAAAGAUCCACAGGAAAUUGGAAGGAAGGGAAGCAGACACAUCACGUUCGGGGCUUCCUCUUCUAUAGAAAUAAAGUCACAUUUGGAAAAGAUAACUUUUUAAAAAGUAGUAUCUCUAUCACUGGUCUGAUUUUGAUGUGAUUGGAAUGAUUUGGCUCUAGAGGGAGAGUGUAUUUUUUGGUAUAUUGUCUCUGACAGUUUUUUUGGAUUUUUUUUUUAAUUCCCGCAAUCCUAUCGCAAGGGGGGAAAGAAUCUCAGGAAAUAACUUAUUUUUCAUUGCUUAAAAUAGAAAAGGGGGGGUUUAAAAAACAACAACCCUGCCAAACGCAGCAGUCUUCAUUGAGCAUAUCUGGGAGAUCCUCAGGCAGCAAAUAAAAGAUCGGAAGCGAGCAAGACAAAGAGAGGGACAGAAAAAGAGAGCGUUUUAAAAAAAGUUUAUUUCUCUCCUGCGUCCACCUCGGAUCAUGUACCAGGACUUUACAGGGAAUUUUGAUACCUCCUCUCGAGGCAGCAGCGGUUCUCCAGGCCAUCCGGAAACUUAUUCCACCGUCACAACUCAUCAGAAGUUCCGGGUAGAUAUGCCAGGAUCGAGCAGCACUUUUAUUCCUACUCUGAACGCGAUUACUACCAGCCAAGACCUGCAGUGGAUGGUCCAGCCCACUGUGAUCACCUCCAUGCCAAGUGCCUACUCUCGCUCACAUCCUUAUAGCCAUGCUCUGCCAAAUCUGUCUUCAGUUUCUGGACACACAGCCCUUCAGAGACCUGGUGUCAUUAAAACCAUUGGUACCACAGUGGGCAGGAGAAGAAGAGAUGAGCAGCUGUCACCUGAGGAGGAAGAGAAGCGGCGGAUUAGGAGAGAGAGGAACAAGCUAGCAGCUGCUAAAUGCCGUAACAGACGUCGAGAGUUGACAGAGAAACUCCAGGCAGAAACGGAGGAGCUGGAGGAGGAGAAGUCUGUACUGCAGAAGGAGAUUGCUGAUCUGGAAAAAGAGAAGGAGAAGCUGAAGUUCAUGCUUAUCGCUCACAGCCCCAUGUGCAAGAUCAGCUCGGAGGAGCACCGAACCUCUCCGCCUCACAGCCUCCAGACUGUCAGGACUGGAGUGAGUGGUGCCAUAGUGGUGAAACAGGAGCCCAUGGAAGAAGAGAUCCCUUCCUCCUCUUCUGACCUUGAAAAAGGGCAGAGGUCUGUCAUUAAACCCAUCAGCAUUGUAGGAGGGUUUUAUGGGGAAGAGCCACUCAACACUCCCAUUGUGGUGACCUCAACACCUGCCAUCACCCCUGGCACAUCCAACUUGGUCUUCACCUACCCCAGCGUUCUGGACCAGGAGUCUCCACUCUCCCCUUCGGAGUCUUGCUCCAAAGCUCACCGGAGGAGCAGCAGCAGUGGUGACCAGUCCUCGGAUUCCUUGAACUCUCCUACUCUGCUAGCAUUGUAACGCUCUCCUUUUGCCCCUGCUCCCCCCACCCAGCGACUCUGAGGGAUCAUCCCUCCCUGAGAUCAAAGACCAGCACAAUGGCAUUCAAGCACAAGGGCAGCAAGAGCAAGACGGGGAAAUUAUGUCGCUCCAGGUACUCCCUGGGACAAGAAGAAACCAGAAAAAAAUCCAAGCCAUAUGGGGUUGGGGGGAGAAGUCGCACUACUGGGACAAAAGUGCUUCAGCUACAUGGUGAGGGGGGAAACCAUCCUCAUCUGUGGUUUAGUGCGAGUGAAUAUGAGCUUCAGUCAAUCUCUAGCCAUUCCCUGAUAAACAGACUGAUCUGACCAGAUUACCUUCUGUGCUUACUAGUACAUUCCAGUUAGUUGAUCUCAUGUAGGCUUUCACCUUUUUGUGUUGAAUACCAUGACAUUUCGAAAACUCUAAAGGCAAUCAUCAUUAAACCACUGCUGAUGUUGG